AUGGCCAGAAGAAAGUUCAGUGGGCUGGAGCUCAGCCUCAUUCCCCUCUUCUGCCUGGUGACAAUCAUCCUCUGUGUCCUCAUUGGCCUUUUAGCAUCAGGAACACCUGGAGUCAAAUCUCAAGGAGAAUUUUCCCCACGAUGCCCAAAGAUACCAGUAGAAGAGAGAAUUGACUGUAUCCCGGAUCAACUAGCAACAGAGAGCAUCUGCACCCUGCGUGGCUGCUGCUGGAGCCCCCAGAGCGAAACCAGUGUGCCCUGGUGUUUUUUCUCUGCAGACUAUGGCUACAAACUGGAUGGGUCACAAAGACCAACUAAGGCAGGAUUUGAGGCUACAUUACAAAGGCUUCCAUCCCCUUCCCUCUUUGGAAAAGACAUCGAGACUGUUCUACUCACGGGGGAGUAUCAGACAGCAAAUCGCUUCCGAUUCAAGAUCACUGACCCUAACACAAAGAGGUUUGAAGUCCCUCAUGAGCAUGUGCAAUCAUUCACUGGAUCUGCAGCCUCCAACUUAAGCUACAAGGUGGAACUGAAGCACAACCCCUUUGGCAUCGUAGUGACCAGAGUGAGCAAUGGCAAAGUCCUGUUUGAUACAAGCAUAGGCCCCCUGCAGUAUGCUGACCAGUUUUUACAGCUAUCCAUCAAACUUCCCAGCGCCAACAUCUAUGGAGUGGGAGAGCAUGUGCAUAAGCAGUACCGGCACGAUGUUAACUGGAAAACUUGGCCAAUUUUCAACAGGGAUAUUGGUCCCUCUGCAGAAAUGCAUAACUUAUAUGGAGCUCAAACUUUCUUCCUGUGUUUGGAAGACAAGACUGGAGCCUCCUUUGGUGUUUUCCUAAUGAAUAGCAAUGCCAUGGAGUUUGGGGUGCAACCUGCUCCAGCUGUGACCUACAGAACCAUCGGCGGCAUCCUUGAUUUCUACGUCCUCUUGGGGGACACUCCAGAACAAGUAGUCCAGGAGUACCUGAAGCUCGUGGGCCUGCCAAUGAUGCCCCCCUACUGGAACCUGGGCUUCCAGCUCAGCCGCUGGAAUUAUGGCUCUCUGGAUGAGGUGAAGAAAGUUGUGGCGAGGAAUAGAGCUAUUGGACUCCCCUAUGAUGCCCAAGUCACUGAUAUUGACUACAUGGAGGGAAAAAAAGACUUUACUUAUGACAAAGAAAACUUUCAAGAUCUCCCUGACUUUGCAGCUUACAUGCAUGACUAUGGACAAAAAUAUAUUAUUAUCUUGGAUCCAGCUAUCAGUACACAAAAACUUGCUAAUGGGAGUGCAUAUGGAACCUACGACAGGGGAAUGGCGAAAAACGUGUGGAUUACUGAGUCAGAUGGAAAAACAGCAUUACUUGGGGAG